AUGGAUCCUAAUGGCUCCUAUCCUAACAUUUCCCCCUUGCAUGAAGCAUUGAGAGGCACAACAGCCAUGCCGGUAUUGAAUGAUUUCGUAGACCUUGAAUCCCCAUCAUCAUAUUCACCUUCGAUAGGAAAUUCCUCAACAAAAAUGCAUGCACCACAAGAAGGUACCGUGAUGCCGGCCAAUGAUAGUUCCAUGAUUCCAUACCAAUCUAGUGCAGAACUCGCACCACUCCCCCCACAGCUGGGUGAUACAAUCCCUAUUCCUUUAUCCUCAGACAAAAAAGGAAUGUUCUCGCAUGAAGGCUUCCUCACAAAUCCUUUUUGGAAUGAAUUCAACUCGUCACAUCAGAUGCAGAAUUUGUCCAUGGAGGCUUCAUCAUUCACACCCUUACUCCAAACAGAGCCAAAUUCAAUUGUUCAUUCCCAUCUUUACACUAAUGGAGUGUUGGAUGAUGGUUCACUCUUUAAGAUGGCCACGAGGGAUGUUUCCGAGAAGCAGAUGAAGAUACAAGAUGAAAGAUUAUCAAAUGCUGAUCCAUAUGGUGUACCUGCCCCUGCUUCUCCUACCAUGCAAUCCUCACAUAUUCAAAGAGAAGAUAAGAUCCUUCUAGUUGGUCCAAAUGGCAUUUCUGAUAGUGCUAUUAUGCAUGAUUCUACAACCCCACGUAAAUACACAUGCAAGAUUUGCAAUGCCACAUUCAACACAUCUCAAGCAUAUGGUGGUCACAUGAGUUCGCAUAGCAAAGCAAGGAUGAAAAGCCUACAAGGUUGA